AUGGACGCCCACGCCCAUCUCCUCUCCCUAGGCUGGGCAGGGCCAGGCCACUCCCUCGAUUCCCGCCCGUACAAACAAAAGGGCCACCGCGGUCUAGCGUACGACCCUGCAAAAGUCGGCAACAACGGCACAGGCCUCGUUAAGCCGCUCAUGAUCUCCCAGCGAAAGGGGCGUUUGGGGGUGGGCAAGAAAUCGCACGAGCCGCAAGCCGGGAACGAAUGGUGGCUCAAGGGCUUUGAAAGCGCGCUGGGGAACGUCGGCAAGAGUGAAAGCGAGAGGAGCAGUGGCGCCUCGACACCCGUCGUGCCGCUGUACAACGGAAGAGGCAAACACAGCGGCUUGUACAGUUUCUUCAUCAAGGGUCAACAGAUGGAAGGCACCAUAGGAGACGACAAGCCUGUCAUGGGGACGAUAUCGACCGUGAAGAAGGAUAAGAACAGCAGUGACGACAAUACCACCACCACCACCACCAACAAGAAGAAGAGGAAAAGCGACGCUCUCGGCACAUCUACCGACGACGACGACGACGACGACGCCGGGGAUGAAUCUGGUCAACAAGAGUCGAGUGUGAAGAAGAGACGGAAACAAAAACAACAACAGAAAAGAGCGGCCGCCGAGUUCGAGCAGGUAGGCGAGUACCUUGCCCUUCGCGACAAGGACAGCAAGCGCCGCAAACGCACGGAGAGACCCAGUCCAGUCGAAGAAUUCAAACAGGUGGGCGAGUACCUGGCCGCCCGAACUGACAAGAAGAAGAAAAAGAAGGACAAUGUCGGGUCGCAGCAGGAGAAGGAGGAGGAGGAUGGUGAUCAAUCCAAGACUGAACGGACCGAAACAAAAGAAAAGAGACGAGAACGGCGGCGGAAAAGAAAGGAAGAGAAAGAGCGACGACAGAAGACACAACCCGAGUCUCGUGGCGUUGAAUUGGACGAUGAUGUCGAGAGCGAAGACGCCGCCGCGAAAGAAGCGAGACGAGCAGAGCGCAAAAGGCGGAAAGCUGCUGAAAAGGCCGCCAAAGCCGCAAAGGGUGUUUGA